CAAGGACAUAUGGGAGAAGGCGAGGUCAGUCUUCACUGUUUCCAAUGGAAGACGGGUUCUUGGAUGAUGGACGUGGGGAUCAGACUCUUCACAGUGGUUUAGGAUCACCUCACUGCUUCUCUCACCAGAAUGGAGAAAGAGUGGAGCGGUAUUCCCGGAAAGUCUUUGUUGGUGGACUGCCCCCAGAUAUCGAUGAAGAUGAGAUUACUGCUAGUUUUCGCCGUUUUGGACCUCUGAUUGUAGACUGGCCACACAAGGCAGAGAGCAAAUCUUAUUUUCCUCCUAAAGGAUAUGCGUUUUUGCUGUUCCAAGAUGAAAGCUCUGUUCAGGCACUGAUUGAUGCAUGUAUUGAAGAAGAUGGAAAACUGUAUCUUUGUGUCUCCAGCCCCACUAUCAAGGACAAACCGGUUCAGAUCCGGCCUUGGAACCUUAGUGAUAGUGAUUUUGUUAUGGAUGGUUCACAGCCUCUUGACCCACGAAAAACCAUUUUUGUUGGUGGUGUUCCUCGGCCUUUACGAGCAGUGGAACUUGCAAUGAUAAUGGAUCGCCUGUACGGAGGGGUGUGCUAUGCUGGAAUUGACACAGACCCUGAGCUGAAAUACCCAAAAGGAGCUGGGCGGGUUGCAUUUUCUAAUCAACAGAGUUACAUAGCUGCUAUCAGCGCUCGCUUUGUUCAGCUGCAGCAUGGAGAGAUAGAUAAACGGGUGGAAGUUAAGCCAUAUGUCUUGGAUGAUCAGCUUUGCGAUGAAUGUCAGGGGGCCCGUUGUGGUGGAAAAUUCGCUCCAUUUUUCUGUGCUAACGUUACCUGUCUGCAGUAUUACUGUGAAUAUUGCUGGGCUGCUAUCCAUUCACGCGCUGGCAGGGAAUUCCACAAGCCCCUGGUGAAGGAGGGAGGAGAUCGCCCAAGACAUAUUUCAUUCCGCUGGAACUAAGUGAUUACUGCAGUGCUCAUAUGCAGGCGUCAAAUUAAGUGCACUCUUCUGUUAUCCUGAUUGUCCCUACCCCACCUGACCCUUUCUCUUAUUCAAGAUAGCAUGUCCUUUUGUAGUAGUCUGUAAUUUAACAAUAGUAUAAUGGAAGAAUGACCUAUAAUAUGGGUAUUUUGUAGAAUCUUGUCAUUGAAAACUGUAUUGGGAACUCCUUUUCGUAUUGAUAACAUGUUGCGAGCAAGUUGCAUUCUCUUGUCUUUACUACCAAGAGAACACUUAAUUUCGUGCAACAUUUUCUUAGAGGAGAGAAAAAUAUUAAGAGAAUUGAAACAAUAGAGUAUUUUGGUUUUUUAAUUAAAUUAUUGUUAAUAAAGAACAUAAGAAUACUUUUAUUAAAAUAACCAUGUAACAAUAACACUAUCAGUCUGUUCUGACACUUUCCCCCAGGGAAGCCUGUUUUUGCCUUUCUUUUUCUUUGACUUUUCAGUUUUUCCAGCAACAGAUGAAGUUAGCAUUUACCUAUCAAAAGGAAAGAGCAUGUUUAAAGCAACAAAAAUGCAUGAGCAAAGUUCAAGCAGCAUUAUAGUAGUGAAUUUUUAAUCUUGUUAAGGGUUUUGAGGCCGAAUUUUAGCUUGGUAUGUAUCUGGCCAUGCCUCUGAUGACCACCCACAUCCAAAUUACUAAUGAGAUAGGCAGAGCUUACUAUAUUUUCAUCAGAAUGAUCACAUUUUAAGAAUUUCUGAAUGUAAAAGUUGAGUAAAGUUACUACUGAGGGGGGGGUGCACUUUUUUUUUUCUUUAAGAGAAUUCAAUUGUCUGGUUACAGCCCUAGAAAUUCUACCAAAGCUAGAAAAAUGACAACUAGUUAACUGGCAUUUCCUCUCUUGAAGGAUGAAUAUAUAGAUUUUAUUUUUGAUGGCUAUAUAUAAUUCUAUAUCCUAAUCUACUAACGUUCUUCAGGGGUCAGCCUUUGCUCUCCAUUUUGACAUGAAAAAAAGUAGAAAACCUAAAGAUACCUCAAGGAUAUGACUGAUUUUUAUUGAAGUUUUGAUAUUCCAGUGUGUGUCACACAAAGUGAAAUUGGCUGCUCAUUAGUUUCCCAUCUUGGAUGUAAAGUUAGUUUUGAAUAUCCUCUAACUUAGUUGUAACAGAAGGCAUAUAUCUAAGUAUCUUCCCAGUUGUGCUUUGCACUAUUCCCUGAAUUUUGUGUGAAAUGGUGCAGACAUGCAUAUGCCUUUCUUACUCUUCCUGUAGAAAAAUAUCCCAACUAAAAUUCCUCCUCUUCAGAACUUAAUAUGGGAAAAUAAGGAAACAUAAGUAUUUGAAGUGCCAACAUUGCUAAGUUAAUGUCUGCUUUAUUAUAAAAAGUUCUACCUUGAGAAGCAUUAACACAGUCUGUGUUAAUUGAAUGAUGACGAGUGGGUGCAGCGGUUUAGUUUGAAAUAGUCGAAUGAAGGAGUAGUUCUGAAAACUAUUUUUAUUGCUUUUAAACUAAUGCCCUGGCCAACUUCUAAAGUGAUUUUUAGCAGUGUGCAAACAAACUCAGUGGCAAUGUUGUAAGCUGCCCGACCGGCAUGGUACCAUCGUGGACUCCCUCAAACCAAAGACCUGCCUCAGCACUGCUUGGAUAACUUCUGCUCCCUAAAAGCCUUUGCUGGCCCCCCUCAUCCCAUUCCCCUCACCCCAAAUUAUCUUUAUGAGAAGCAGUUUUUAUUUUCAAUACAGGCUUUAAUGAACUAUACCUUAUCAAGUUCCAAAGGUCAAAAUGGAGACAUUUGCUGUCUACUAGUCAAGUAUAGAAAGGGAGCUGCUUUUAAUGAAAUCCCUGAAAAUAUUGACAACAGUAAUGCAAAUGCAGAGUGCUCUUGUGUAGAUUGUCAGGGACUUUUUUUUCUCUGAAGUACAUAAUUAUAGUUGGAAUGUUCCUUUAAUUUUUUUAAUGCUUGUAGUUGGCUUGGGGUGUGCUAUUGUGCCGAUCCUACCCAGUUAACAGGUGAGAUGGGUUACCAUUACAAGAAAUAACACUGUUUGAGAACUAGCUUUGAAUAAUAAUUUUCCCUUUGUACAUGACCUGCUGAAUUUCGGUACAGUGUUUUUGUAGCUAACUUAUUUUGUCAUGCACAUAAUGUAUAUUUGUUAUGCACUACUUUUGUAUAUCUUGUUUUUCCAACAGUGAGCAUUUUUAGGCACACUUUUCACUGACGGGAUAUCUCUUUAUGCAAUACCUCAAUUUUUCAUAUUGCAAAGAGUAGCUUUUUGUACUUUUAUUACUGAGAGAUCUUCAUAUACUUCAUUUUUUAAUAUAAAUAAUUUUAAUAAAUUUUAUUUUCUUAUAUUCUGCUUUUUAUACAUUUCAGUGCUCUGCAUACAUUUUGAAUUAUGGAUGUUGUGCACUGGCAAUGCUAUUUUAGAAUCUGCAGAGAAAAGAAAGCAUGUUGCUUAAACAUCUUAGCCCAGCACCAGGUAUUUGGUGUACAUAUAAUUUAAGAAAUAGUAUAUGUAAAGUUGAGAAUUAAAGAAGAAAAGCAUGAAAGUGACAAAUGACACUGUCUUUAGACCCUGAAAUUUAAAUGCAUAAAUAUAGUGUAGAAAUUUAAAAGUAAAGAAACAUCAAAAUUGUCUACCGCUUCUUACUAAGUUUUUAAAAAUUAUACACAAAUGCAGACGUUUUUGGUGAAUGUUUAGCCAUUUUUAAUAUUAAUAACAAAUUGAUGUUAGGUGUUUGAUGCAGAAAUGUGUCUGCUCUUUUAAAUUAUAUUUAAAGAAUAAAAGAGAGCCUGCUAGGUGGCAGGCAUGUAAUGUUAGUAUGCAUGACUAAUGUAAGAAAUUGUUAUUCUACUAAUAUUCACUUGUGAUUGUGUGACAAGCGUGUUUACAGAUUAUUUGGUUACACUUCGAUUUACAGGGCAUAAACAAUUAUAUACAUUACUCUGUACUUAAAUAGUGAUUACAUGUCCUUCUGGUUACAUGGGAUUUGUAGUUGGAGCGACCAAGUUGCUCCAAAUAUAAUUAACAUGUAAUUAGUUUCAAGUCUUAGGGUAUCACUUCGAUUUGCAAAGGGGUUAACAAGCAUGUAGUUUUAUCACACUAGCAUGGCACUGGCCAUGUAUUUACAAUGUAGUUACAGAGUAAUUACAUGGUUAUUUUUGCAAUGUAAAAUAAAGUGUUUCUGAUUAUUUUAUAUGUAAAGGAACCCCACUGCCCCGUGCUUUUUGGUAUAGUAUCUACUUCUCCAUACACAGACCUCUGCAGAAUGCAAAUUUAAAACUUGCAGUGAAUGAAUUUAGCGUUUUAUAAGGAUGCUGUUGGAAAGACUUGAUAAUUCACCCCUUUUGUUUUUGAAGAGUUAAAACCUUCUGUUAAAAGGUGAUUUAAAACUUGAAUGUGAUGAAUUGUGGCAAGUUAACUUCAAGUUAUGUGCAAUACCUAUUUCAGACUUCUGGAAGAUCUUUGCAGUGUAAUUCUUUGUUUUUAAUUGCAGACAUUUAAAAAUGUCAUUUUCUACUGUUCUAGUAAAUCCUCUUUCUUGCUGGUGUUUCUAAAGAAAAGAAUCAGAAAUCAAUCUUUCUACUAAUGUAAAUUUGAGAUUAUUUUUAAAAAAUGGAAUAAAAGGUUUUGGUCAUUUGCUUUAUUUUAUUAUCUUAUUUUAAAGCUACUGUGAUAGCAUUGUAAGAAUUGGGACAAUAUUGUAUUCAACUGUUUUAUUUUUUAUAUUUUUAAAUUUUAAAGUAUAAUUAGUUUUUAUAAUUUUCAUCAGAUUUUUUGUUAUAUUUUUUGGAAGUGAAACUUUUAGCAAGUGGGUGUCUAGUUUUUACUAAUCCCUAAUAUGUUUUUCCCCCAACGUAUUGCUCAUAUUAUCAGAAGGAAAAGUUAUUUAAGUAUGUCAGUUAAUUGUACUACUUGGCUGAAUUUCCAUAUAGUUUUUACUGUGUAUGGGGAGGUUGUAGUAUUUAUUAUAGCAUUUUAAAUAAGGGUAAUUCAUUUUUUAUUAAAGUCAUUUUCACGUUUUAAGUUCAUAUUUUUGUAUGUUCUAGUCUAAGUUAUAUAACACAAGUUACUUUUUUUAAAGAGUUCAUUUGUUGAAGUGCUAGUGAAAAAUUAAUGUUAUUAAAUAGUUUGCAAAUGACUAUUUAUACCAGUAUGCAUAUAAUUUUUAAAUAUUUGUAAUGUGAGAUGUUGAAUGAAUAAAACUUUUAACUCA